AUGAUCAACAUACCGUAAAAUUUGUUCGAAAAUAAAACAUGUUUCACAUCAACAUCAAUAUUUAGUAAUUGUCAUAUUCACUACCCAUGAUUUGACAUUUUUAUUAUAAUUUCACAUAUUAAUUAAUAUUUUAUACACUAAUCCUUUCAACGAUAUACAGCAUUUUCUUAUACGAAUUCUAACGACAUCUAUAGGACUUCAUUUACUGUUUAAGAUGAUCUCUAUGAUAAUUUUGUAUGUUCUUGUCUUCUUCUAAAUAAUAUUGAUUUAAUGUUAACAAAAUAAAAUAAAAUAUAUAAGAAAUAUUAAAAUAUUUGACUAUUCAAAAAAUAGAAGAAAAAUCAUAUGCUGUUUUUUACACAUACAAAUUGUUAGUAGUCUAAUCAACCAUUUAUAAUAUUUAUAUCUGCAUAUGCAUAAUUUCAGAUUCACAUUUAUUAUUAAAAUAUUACAAGAUAAGACAUCAAAAAUAAUCUCAAUAUAUACUCAUAAGAUAUAUACGUAGAAUCCUAACCUUCCUCAAUUCUCGUUUCUAAUUCUUGAUUUAAUUGUCACUCCUCUACUGUCGUUAUUUAGAAUAUACAUAAUAUUAAUACAAGUCUCUGAAUAUAAAUAUUAUGUAAAAUUAUUGUACAAAAUUAUUAUUGAUCAAUUAAGAACAAUACCUUGUUAUUUUAUGAUGUGCUUCAAAGUAACAGUUUGUUUUCACCGCCAUUUUAUUAAAUAGCCGGUACCGGAAGUUAAUUACUAGCAAGACUGUGUUUUCCUUUGACGAAACGUGGCAUCAAAGUAUGUACUGUUGGCACUUCUCUCAAAUGUAUUUUCCAGCUCGAAUGGAAUAAUUGUUUCGUUGUCUUGAGUGACACGAGUAUCAUUGUACAAAAAGGUAACAAUUUUUAUCGUAUGUAUAAAACUUAUAAAAGUAUUCGUUAUAAUUAUGAGACUUUUGUAAAUAUAAUGGAAACAGUUGUGGUUUUUAUUUGAAACAUUUCAAUAACAAAUGUAUUAUUUUACACUUUUAAAUGAUAAAUUAAUGACUUUUUCUGAAUGAUGUAUAUAUAUGACUUGAAUUUUUAUAAAUUAUAAUUAAUAAUUUAAUAAUUAUAAUUAAUUUUAUAAAAAUCAAUGAUUAUUGUUAUUAUUAAAAUCAUAUAUUUAUGUAACUUAAUAUGUGAAUUUUAUUUAUAUCGUUGAAGUAUAAUUAAAAAUAUAUAAGACAUACAAAAUUUAUAAAUGAUAUAAUUUUUAGUGAUAUCUUUUCAAAUUUUAAUAUUCUAGCAUGAAGUGGCAUAUCAUAUUUGCAGCAUUUGCUGCUUUUCUUCUUGUGACAUAUGCAGAAGAAGAAGAAGAAUCUGCAAGAUUGUUAGUAUCUAAACAAUUACUUAAUAAAUAUCUUGUAGAAAAUAUGGACAUUGUAAUCAAAUAUACAGUCUAUAAUGUUGGUAAUGCAGCUGCAUUAGAAGUUGAAAUCACAGAUAAUUCUUUCCAUCCUGAUCAUUUUACUCAUGUUAGUGGAGAAUUAAAUGCAAGAAUAGAUCGUGUUCCUCCUUAUACAAAUGUCAGUCAUAUAGUUGUUGUAAGACCACGUAAAUUUGGAUAUUUUAAUUUCACAUCUGCAGAAGUUUUAUAUAGACAUAAAGAAGAUGCUGGUAGUUUACAAUUUGCUGCAAGUAGUGAGCCUGGUGAAGCAAUAAUUGUAUCAUUUAGAGAUUACAAUAAACAAUUUUCUUCGCAUGUGGUAAGUAAUUAUUGCAUAUUAUAUAAAUUAUGGUGAUUGUAAUAAAAAGUAAAAUGUUUAUAUACUAUUUUAGAUUGACUGGGCUGCAUUUGCUGUGAUGACAUUACCUUCAUUAGCUAUUCCAUUUGCACUAUGGUAUUCUAGUAAAAGUAAAUAUGAAAAAUUACUUAAAAUUACAAAAAAACAUUAAUCAUAUAUUUAUUCUAAAUCGUACAAGAGAUUUUUUUCUAUACGUAUGUAAGAAAUUUGACUGUCCCUCUUUCUGUACAUCUAAUUUUAUAAUAAAUAUUAUUUAUAAAUAAUUUAUAUUUUUUCUUAUUCUUAUUCUUAAUUUAAAUCAUAAAGAUAAAGAUUAUAAAUAUUUGUCAAAUAAUUCUUUAUUUCUAAUCUAUUUUAUGCUUAUAUAGUUUAUAUUUUUAAUCUUAAACAAAAUUAAUUAUGAAACUAAAUUUCAUAUCAGCUGAGGAUAUUCGAUAUCAACUAUACUCCAAAAUAAUUCUAUUACAGUAUAAGUUAUGACAUAAUUAUUUUGAAUCACUAAAUGAUUAUAUAUAAUUAUUUAAAAUUAAACAUAUCAAAUAAAUAAAUGUAUAAUGUUACAUAUAAACAUUAUGCUAGGAACUGUGUGUGUGUGUGUGCGCGCGCGCGCGCGCGUAUGUGUGUGUGUGUGUGUGUCUAAAAUUACAGUUAUAAUAAAUCAUUUCAAAUUCUGCUAUUUAUAAAAUUAUGUAACUUAAAUUACAUAUUAAAGAAUGUGCAUAGAGUUAUGUACAUAAUUAAAUAUGUACAUUUAAUAUUAAUGUGCAAUAAAUAACAUAUAAUAAAUAAUUAAUCUCCUAUUAGAGGCAGACAAAAAUACUAAAGCACCAUUUUGA